AUGGUAGAGGGCAAAGGAGAGGGAGCAGUGAAGGGGAGAAAUUGUAGACAUCACCUGAGGAGUUUGGGUGAAAGGGAUGGAGAGGAGGAGGCUGGAAAAGGGGACUGUUCUGCUUGGGGGGGGGGUGGAGAAAAAAGUGGGGGAAAGGAAAGCCUCCCAAGCCUGCCGCUGAGAAGCUCUGCUUGGCUGUUUCUUGACUGUAAUUCAAGUAAAGGGAAUGUUUGCGAGCAGCUGGCAGGCUGUUCGCUGAGAGAGGGGAGGAAGAGGAUUGAGAGGGAAAAUGUGGCAUUAGCAAUGCUUUGGAUGGAUACUGAAGAUGGUAUUUUACAUGAAGAUAGCGAAGAAAGUGAUGUCAGUGACUGUGAGCAACUGAGCUUCAUAAAUUCUGACUUUAGCAGUGAUGAGUUCUUGGGGUUCACAGAAGACUAG